UUCACUGUCUUGAAAGUACCUGGCUUACAUUCUCGAUCGCAUUUCAACUCCUUUGGUUCCCCUCCGCCUGUUUGUCCAGUAUAAACCGGGUGCUUUUGUGAAUCAACAAUUGAAUGGAUUGUGGAUUGAUAUGUAAAUACCAGUCAGAGUCUAAGGUCCAUGUUCUGCGCCAAAUCAGGUUGGAGUCAAGUUCCCGGACAAGGGCUGACGGACACAUCCAUUAGCUGGUUAAACAUCAACCCUGCACCAUGGAUACUUGACUUGGUUCCAAUUGCUCUCCCUCUUGCAGCUGGUCUCCUAGGAGCUUAGUUGACCACAAUAGCAAGCUCUCUGGGUAACAGAAGGAACCCGAUCACGCCAGCGCCUGGUGCAAAGCUCUGCUGUUAAUGUGAACAUUAGGAUCUCAUUGUAGCGGUUCUGAAUUAAGUUCAACUGGACUGAAUCCAAUGCAAAAAAACACACAUGUCCUCAACACUUUGGAGUUGGUGCAACAGGUCUGCAGCCGAAAGGAUCCACAAGCUGAACAGUCGCCUGAAAAAGGCUGCGCUGCAGAAGGAAAGGAAACUAGUCACGGAAGAGUCACAAAGCGGAACAGUGAAGACCAGGGCUCGAUUGUGUGACAGGGAGCGCUGCAAAUACGCAAUGGCUCAUGACAACACUGUGGAGGCUAAAGAGCAAGGGAACCCCAGCACAGUUCCCGCAGUGAGCUUCUCCAAACUUGGCGUUCGGUUUGACCUCCCGAUGGAUCUUCAGCUGCUUGAAGGCAUGUCACCCUCUGAAUAUUUAAGGAGUCACUGCAGGUGUGACCAGGAUUUAUGCAACUUGUUUAAGGCUGCAUUUACGCAGCAUGACAAGGACAAAGAUGGGCUCAUUAACGUGAAGGAACUGGAGCAGGCUCUGCUGUCUGUUUACACUCUGCACAAAGACCACACCAACAGGCUGUGGCACUUGCUGAAAGCGGAUGACAAGUUGCAAGUGGAUCUGAACUUAUUUGUGGCUGUUGGUUCCUUGACGUCCAGGAUCUUGGAGAAGGAGCCGAGAAACUCGGCUAUCAAACCGGAAUCCAUCGGAGGCAAGGAGUUUCUGGAGAAAGCGGAUUUCUUCAAUCUGGAGUGGCGACUUUCUGAGACCAGGAUCGGAGCUGACCUGAGGAACCUCCUCUUCUAUUUGCUUUAAGAGUAAAGCAGAGCGGGGUGGUGAUGGGGGGGUGGGAAAGAGGUGGGGAAGAGAGGGGUGAGAGGGGAAGAGAGAGGGGAGGGGGGAAAGAGGGACAAAUUUGCAGUAGUCUGACACAGACUCCACUCCUUGUUUGAGGAAUGUGUUUUGAAAUAUUUCUUCCCCUACCCUCACGCCCUGCCCCAAAUGUGUCAGGGAUCAGUUUUGAGUUCAGAAAGUGGGGUGUGGGCGAGUUGUGGGGGUACUAACUUGCCAUUCACCUUGUGCCUGUUUGUGAGAACUUGUUGUGCACAAAAAAGACUGCCGUCUUUGCGAAUUAAAAGUUUCACUGCAUUUGA